GACGUAUUUUGCCAACAGCGUGACGACCUCUUCGCUCGAAAAUAAAACAAGGAAGUGAGGCGUUAUUGUAAAUGAAAAUAAUUAGCGGACAGGAUAUAUUUUAAAAUUUGGGAGUUUCUUCAGUUGGUUGUUGGGUGUCGGGGGGGGGGAGUAAAGUCACCGUGGACUUACCCGGGAGCCCGUUUUUGACCGUCUUCAGGGAUUCUGCUUUUAGCCAGCUAGCUAGCUAGCGAUGAACACGGACGUGGAAUUUCACAUCAGGCAGAAUUAUCCUUGGACCAAACUACCAGCUAAUGUCAGACAGAGUUUGGGGAACUCUCAACGUGAGUAUGAGAAGCAAGUGCUGCUCUACAGCAUCCGCAACCAGCUGCGAUUCCGAAAUAACCUAGUGCGCCAUGUGCGGAAGGACGAGCGCAAAUAUUACGAGGAGCUCCUGAAGUACAGCCGGGACCACCUGAUGCUGUACCCCUACCAUCUGUCUGACAUCAUGGUUAAAGGGCUGCGUGUCACUCCGUUCUCAUAUUACAUUGGAAUCAUGGAGGAUAUUAUGAACAGUGAGAAGAGUUACGACUCCUUGCCCAACUUUACUGCUGCUGACUGUCUGAGGCUGCUUGGGAUUGGGAGAAACCAGUACAUUGACCUGAUGAACCAGUGCAGGUCUUCUAAAAAAUUCUUCCGUAGGAAAUCUGCGCGGGACCUGCUGCCAGCCAAACCGGUAGAAAUCUCUGUGGAGCCGUGGUGGGUGGCACAGACAGGAUACAUCACUGAGGACGACAUCAGGAUCUGUUCUUCAGCAGAAAAGAAAGCAAUUGAUAAGAUGAUUGAUUCUGGUCCUCAGCUGGCUGGCUCAAUGGAGUACAAUGUGGUGUUAAGCUUAUACAACCGAGGCUUCAUCUACUUGGACGUGCCCAUAUCUGAUGAUAGCUGCAUAUCAGUGCCCCCGCUGGAAGGCUUUGUCAUGAACCGUGUCCAGGGCGAUUACUUUGAGACACUUCUCUACAAAAUCUUUGUUUCCAUUGACGAACAGACAAAUGUAGCAGAGCUGGCAAAUGUGUUGGAGAUUGACUUGGACUUGGUGAAGAACGCUGUGUCCAUGUACUGUCGCCUUGGCUUCGCUGUAAAGAAAGGUCAGGUGUUUAGCUCAGACCAGCUCCAUCCAACCUGGAAGAAUGCUCCAUCUGUCAACAGACUCAAGAGCACUAUGGACCCCCAGAAGAUGCUGUUGUCUUGGGAGCAGGGUAGUCCUGUCAUGGAAGGCGGCUCCUCAGCUACAGACACAGACACUACCAGUCUGGAAGACCAAGCAGACACAGGCAGCGUUAGCAGCCUGAGCAUCCCGGCUGCACCCACAAAGAGGAUCGCCUUCCUCUUUGACUCCACUCUUACUGCCUUCCUCAUGAUGGGCAACCUGUCUCCGAACCUGAAGAGUCACGCAGUGACCAUGUUUGAGGUGGGAAAGCUGUCUGAUGAGACGUUGGACAGCUUCCUGGCUGAGUUGGAGAAGGUGGAGAGUACUGCAGAGGGCGAGGCGCAGCGUUACUUUGACCACGCUCUGACCCUGAAAAACACCAUCCUCUUUCUGCGCUACAAUAAAGAACUCACUCAGGACCAGGGACCUGAUAUUCCUAAUAUAGGUUUCCCCUUGGACAUGCUGCGGUGUGAGAGCCUUCUGGGUUUGGAUCAGGCCACCUGCAGCCGUGUCCUCAACAAGAAUUACAAGCUGCUGGUGUCGAUGGCGCCACUUAGUAACGAAAUCAGGCCAAUCAGCAGCUGCACGCCACAGCACAUUGGCCCAGCUAUCCCUGAAGUGAGCUCCAUCUGGUUCAAACUGUACAUGUACCAUGUGACCGGCCAAGGCCCGCCGUCUCUACUGCUCUCCAAAGGCAGCCGGCUCCGCAAACUGCCGGACAUAUUUCAGGUAUAUGACAGGUUGUUGAUCACUUCCUGGGGUCAUGACCCUGGAGUCGUCCCUACCUCUAAUGUGCUGGCCAUGCUCAACGAUGCCCUCACACACUCUGCUGUACUCAUUCAGGGUCAUGGGAUGCACGGGCAUGGAGAAACGGUUCACAUCCCAUUCCCCUUCGAUGAGGAGGAUCUCAAGGGAGAGUUUUCCUACUCCAACAUGUGUGUGCACAAGGCGCUCAGGAAGCUAAAGGAUCACGUGGAUCUGGAGCAUCAGUGUGGCUACAUCACCAUGCUCAACUCAAACAACAGGCACCGCCGCAGAGCCAGCGACAGCGGCGAAUGCAGGGGAGACACUCAUCUCGGCGGAGGCCUGGACACCAGCGGCAGUACAGAAUCUUUUGAGCUGGUGACAGAAGAGAACAACGGCGAAGGGAAAGGAAAGCCCGACACCCUUUCAUCCGAGGAUGAGUGGGUCCCACUCGAGCUUUGCUUCGGCAUGCCCCUCUUCAGCUCCGAGCUCAACCGCAGAGUGUGUCGAAAAAUCGCCUCACACAAAUUGUGCAGCAGUGAGAGUCUCCAGGAACUGCUUCACUCGAGCCGAAAGCUUUCUCUGAAAGUGUUGAGCUUCGUUCAGUCAUUCCAGGACAGCAGCCAGCCGUCUGACGUGGACAGCUGUGUGUCAAACCCUCUCACCCCAGCGGAGUCCGGUGUCCCUCUGCCCGCCCUCAACCUCCUGUUCAAGGACGGGCAGCUGAAGGAGUGGAGUGGGCGGGCCCCUCCACCUCUGGAUAUCUCAUCCCUGCAGAAAGACCAGCCCACAUAAGCCCCUCCCUAAAACUUCCAUAUUUGGUUCAGCGGAUCGAAAUACGUUUUGCAAUGCAACCCUGCAUUUCCACAUCUGAUCACAAAUUAAAAGGCACACCUUCAUAAGCCCUGCCCUCUUUUCCAUCAACAUCUAUUCAUGGGGAAAAAAUGGCCCCGCCCAGCAUUUUGUCACUUACCUACUGUGCGAGGAACCUGACUCUCUUUCCAACACUUAAACUCACAACCACACUGCUCCUCCGGUGAUUCCUCAUCUUUGUAGCAGGGCAGCGUUUGUUUGAGUGGUGCUAUAAUCUCAGUAAACUGUAGAAAUGCAGGUAAACAGUGUAGAACCUAAAACAGAAGCACUGGCUCCCCUUUUCUUCAGCCAGUGGAUGUUUUGUGGUCCUCCAGAGCGGACGUGUAAAGUGUUUCAUAUUACGUAGAUGUUUUAAAAAUGGCGAGCAGAUUAAACGAAGUGUUGGAAUCAUUUCCUCAAGAGUCGUGUGACGUAUGCAUUUGAGGACCAAGACUUUGGACCGACCCAGAGUCCAAAUAUAAACCCCGAUGCCUACUCGUGUCGCCUCAUGUCGAGUGCUCUGGUGCAUGAUACUGUCGCACAAGUCAUAUCGUUAAAAUGAAAAAGAAAAA